AUGCUAGGUUUGAUAGAAACUAAAAGGGAGAAUAUCUCGAAGUAUGAUGUUGGAAGGAUUUGGGGACAUAGUUCUGUCGGUUGGGAAUUUGUGGAAUCUGUUGGGGCGGCGGGGGGGCUUCUGUGGAUGUGGGAUGAUAACAUGUUUAAGAGAAGGAAUUGUUAUAAAGGAGAUAGGUGGUUGUGUAUUGAAGGAGUAAUAACAAAGAAUGACUUUCAGUGUGCUUACUGUUUGGUAUAUGGGGCACAUGAAAGGGAGGCAAAGUGGGUGGUAUGGGAGGAGUUGAGUUAUAUUGCAGGUUUGUGCCAGGUGCCUUUCUGUUUGUUGGGUGACUUCAAUGAGAUUUUGCAAGUUGAAGAUCGAAGAGGGCUACAGAAUUUAUCGGUCUCAGCGGAAGAGUUUAAGAGUUGGGUUCAAGACAUGCAGUUGGUGGAUUUCCCCCUUACGGAUAGGAAGUUCACUUGGUUUAGGGGCAAAUCUUGUAGCAGAAUUGACAGGGUGCUGGUUAAUAUUGAAUGGGUGGAGCAGUUUCCUGACUUAAGGCUGAGAGGGGGUCCAAGGGGCUUGUCCGAUCACUGCUUGUUGAUUGUGGAGGAUACAAAAGUGAGAGGGGGGCCUAGACUAUUUAGAAGUCUGGAUGCCUGGUUUAGCCAUGAGGGCUUUCUAAGGAUGGUAAAGAAUGAAUGGCGGACCUUGGGAGGUGGUCCAUUCCUUGAUAAACUGAAAGCCUUGACGAUACCAUUGAGGCAAUGGCACAAGGAUAAUUUCAGAGAUAUGGAUACUAGACUGCAAAAGUUUGAGGAAGAGCUCAGGAAGCUAGAUGAGUAG